GGGCUGAUGUGUGCUGAUCAGAAGCAGGUCUGAUGAUGAUGAUGGUGAUGAUGAUGAUGAUGAUGAUGAUGAUGCUAUGAGUCAGAGAGCGGAGGGUUCAGGAUGCUCACAGAGUAGAGAAGCCCCGCACACAGAGACAGAGGACCGGCUGAGACACGGUGAGUCCGCGCAUCUCACCCACACAGCCCGGCGGCCGAGCACCUUACUCGGUCUGAUCUCACCAGCCGGCUCGGUGCUGUGGUGCUCUCAUUUCAUCACUGUGUGCGUGUGUGAAACAAACUACUCAAUGCGCGUGCAACGCUGUGCCCGCCCGUUCCUGAUCUUAAUAUUGAUGGGAGUCAGCCUGAUUUACAUGAUGUGAGGAGAUAAUGAGACUGCAGCUGACUGAACCUGAGAACAAAGCAGCAGCAUAAAGUCAGAUAUCCAGAGCAGCAGGCGGACCUUAACUCCCAGAAUGCCUGAGCAGAGUAACGAUUACCGGGUGGUGGUGUUUGGAGCCGGUGGAGUGGGGAAGAGCUCGCUGGUCCUUCGGUUUGUCAAAGGCACCUUCAGAGACACCUACAUCCCCACUGUGGAGGACACGUACAGACAGGUGAUCAGCUGUGACAAGAGCGUCUGUACGCUGCAGAUUACUGACACAACAGGAAGUCACCAGUUUCCCGCCAUGCAGCGACUUUCUAUCUCUAAGGGCCACGCCUUCAUCCUAGUGUUCUCCAUCACCAGCCGCCAAUCACUGGAGGAGUUGAAACCCAUAUACCAACAGGUCCUUGCCAUCAAAGGUACGGUGGAAUCCAUUCCCAUCAUGCUUGUGGGCAACAAAAGCGAUGAGACGGCUCAGCGCGAGGUGGACACGAAGGUGGCCGAGGCUCAGGCUGCAGCCUGGAAGUGUUCCUUCAUGGAGACAUCGGCCAAGACAAACUCCAACGUGAAGGAACUGUUCCAGGAGCUGCUGUCCCUAGAGAAGAAGAGGGACAUGAGCCUGAGCAUCGACGGCAAGCGCUCAGGGAAACAGAAACGAGCCGACAAGUUGAAGGGGAAGUGCAGCAUCAUGUAGAGCAGGCGCUGGACUCGCUGUACAGAUGUGGAAACAGGAGGGGGAGUCUGCUAAUGAACUCCCAUAGAGAUUCCCCCCCCCCCCCCCCAUCCAUCUUUACCUUAUGACAGGGCCUCUGGGAUGCUCCUGGCCCUGAACUGGAUUGUGUUUGUGGCUGCGAACACUUACAUAUACAGCCCCAUCAACCAUUACACUCAAAUUAUAAUAGAGGAAUACUCCACUGAUUUGAUUUUGUGUAUCUUUGGCCAAGCCAUGAAUGUAACUUUGUGUAGAAGCAUAAUGUUAAUAAGAUAUAACUUUAUUUAUUCCUGUGGGAAAUUGUUGAGCAGCAGACGCAGUACAAAGAUUAGAGGAUUAAAGAUUGUUGAAGGAAUAAGUAAACCAGAGACGAGAUAACAUUACAGAAAUAAUGGUUCUGAGAUUUGAAGAGGUGUUUUCUAUCCGAUACUUUAUGUAACCUCACAAAACAAUGGAGCUAGCUAACAAUAUGCUAACUCUUGGCUUGGAAGUAUGUAACAGAGAACUAAAGUAGAGUAGAUCAAUUCUUUAAACUUGUAUUCUUGUGAUUUUGGUUUAAAAACAAACCCUUGACUCUGCUGUACCAUAGCUACAUGCUAAGCUAGGAUUUGAGCAUCAUGGUCACCUCGCUAAAAGGCGCACUUUAGCUUGUCCCAGCGUCCUCUCCUGUGGUUUGGUUGGUGCCCUGAGUAGAGGAUGGGAGCCCUGGUUUACUUUUUUCAUAUCUGCGACCACACCCUGUGGUUAGCUGCCUCAUGACUGUUCGCCACAUAUUGAUCAUAAAUGCAGCCAUUAAACAGCUACAGAUAAGGCUGAAAACAGUGAAGUAUUCCUUUAUCUAACAGGACGAGCAACAAUUCCAUUAUAAUUAUAUUCUUGCUGGCUGUGACCGCAAACUACAGGAUGUUCCCUGUCGGUUCUGCUUCCUGCUCAUCAUUAGAAGAACGCCUACAUACAAGCUAAAGGUCUUUACCCUACACAUUAACAGCACGGCCACUCUAAUACGCUGACAGACUGCAGGACAAACAGCAGACGCUCUUAAAACAUCAGGAAAGUCAAAAUGGCUUCAAUGAAUUCCACAAGCACAAGCCGGCCUUCCACUCUUGUUUUCAUUUCUGUCAGGCUCUCUGGAGACAACAUCCGUUAGCAAAAAUAGCUGGACAAACUGUAUGUAUAAUUUAAAGAGACGGGGACAUUUCUGGAAUCAUCAUUAGUUUCAUCUUCAUCACUCCACAAUCUCCCAAACAUUUAAAAGCAGAUUGAGGUGCAUUUUGGGCAAUGUAGGCGCCAGGUUUGGCAAAUUGUAUGUGUAAUAAAAUACACACUUAUUGACGUUCAUUAGUCUAACAAUGUGAAGUGCUCUUUUAAAAAAAGCAGAGUUUAAAGUAGAGAUCCAUUAUAUGGCUCCACGUAGCUUUUGAGCACUUUAAGGACUUUUUUGGCAUCAAGUUUCAAUAGAAAGCUUAUAACACAAAUGAAUUACGUUGCUUUUGUCAGCUAUAAUUAAAGUUUCUUCAUUGUUCGCCAGGACCAAUACUAAAAGCUUUCUGUGUUUCAUGCCGAUCAGACAGACUUGAAAGGUGUGUUUUCUCUCUCCUGAUGGAGCUAGUUCAAGGCUGCUGUUUUUAAAUUGGUUGCUUUGGGUAAGCGCUGCCCCACGUGGUCUUGCUGAUGUAGUGCCACUGCUGGUUUCCGAAAGUUAAACAAGAUAAUUAUAUUUCAUUAAAAUGUAUUACUUUCUACUUCUUUCCCCCCCUUUUUAAAUCCUCUCUGUACUGAUAUCCCUCUUCUGCAUGAUGAAGAAAAUGUUGAAUUGUUCCUUUAACUAUCAGUCAAGAUAGUCCCUGUGAGCAACAGCUGUAUAUUGCAAAUGUCUUUCCUAACACUUUACUUGACAGUUUGAUAUAUUCUUGAACAUAAGUGGGCUUAAAACUUUACAAAGCACAAACACAACAAACUAAAGCAAGCACACGUUGAUCCUGCAGAAAAUCUGUUACAUUAUGUUCAUGUCAGUCCAUGCUGAUCACAUUUAUGCACUUUUGAAAAAUGCUUUAUGUUUUUUUCGACUGUAAAAAGCUUUAUAACAAGUUUUGUGUCCAAGAGGUCACCGUAUCCUCCGUGUUACAUCAGUCUGGCUUCAGCAAUAUUCAAAUGUAUUUACUCCGUAUGUGGGGAGCGCUGGGGCUGCAGGAGGAAAAUAAAUAACUUUACAUUCCAGUUUUUCAAUUGUUCACUUCCCUUGUUCAUGUAAUUUUCAUCAAAAUGUCAUCAAUCUUUUUUUUUCAUCAUGCACAACUUCAUGUCAUUCUCAGAACAGAUAAGUGCUGUCACAUGGCAGUUUGUUUUGGAAUGAAAAAUUACAUUUACUGGAUAUACAUUUGUAUUUCCAGAGAAUGUUGCUUAAAAAAGCUCUUCAUUUAUAAUAAUAAUAACGCUCCGUAUUUAAAUAGCACAUUUUAAAACAUACACAUUGCUUUGCAGUAAAAAUGUAUAGUAAAUAACAGGGGGCCCAGAAUAGACCCCUGAGGGACCCCAAGGUAGAUGUAUCAUUCAUGUAUCUUUUGCAUAUUGUAUUUAUUGUAUGUUGCACUAUGUGUUUGCUACCAACUCAACACUCCUGCGCCAGUGCAGGUCCAAGCAGAAGGAAAGAGAAGGAACUAUGAUCCAAAACAGUCGAACAGAUCAAACAAAGCUACCAACAUGUUGGCAGCUGUCUACACACUUUUAUUCACACAACAGUAGUGCAUUUUGCUUUAAAACUAAUCAAAUGUUGGUAUAUAUUUCAACAAAAGAAAUAUCAGAAACAUGUGGGAUUGAAGGGUCAUUACAAGAUGUUUUCCUCCUGAGGACUUCAGAGGACACACUGCUGAGACCGUCCCUGAAGCUCUGUGUUCUGGCUUCACAUUUGUUUUUAGGGUAAAUGGAACUAUUCUCAUGUGAAGGAAGUGAUUGAAUAAAAAUAGUGCUGUUGUACAGAAA